CUCCCCAGGGCCAGCUUCGGCGCGUCGAGUCCGAAGUGGGAGCCCGACGCCAGGGCGGCUCUCACUCUGGGCGGGCGCCGCACAAGCGCCCCAUUAAAGCGCCGCCAGUUGGCCCACCGCAGGGAGACGCGUCCGGCUGUCCGGCCCCGCUUCCUCCCGCCUCGCAUCCGUGGCACCCGGCCGAGCGUGUGUGGAUGGUGCGGCGUGGAGGCUCAAACUCGAGCAAACAAAUAAGUUCAGGGAACGCCCCCCUCUCUCCGAUGUAAACUCGGGGCUCCAGACAUAACCAUUCCCCCUUCCCAGAAAAGCCCCGGGAAAGGCGGUAGGCAGAGGAUCAGCAUAGGAGAGCAGGGGGCUGGAGCUGGGGCUCGGGGGCCACGGUCCCACCCCCUCAUGCACGGUCGCCGGCUAGGGGAAGGGCCCCGUCCCCCUCCCCGUGGAGGGCGGGGGCGCAUCUCUGGGCGCGAGCGAGUUAAGCCCAGUGGCCUCAAUGCUCCACGUGGGAGCUGGCUCGGCUGCCGGCUGCGGUCAGGGCCACCGUAUAAAGAGGGCGGCAGACCCGAGCGCCCAGGACUCGCCGCUGCCCGUGCCCCGCCGCCGCUGCUGCCCCCAGCCCCGGCCCCAGGCGUCCCAGCCAUGGUCCGCCCAAUGCUCUUGCUCGGCCUCGGCCUCCUGGCUGGUGUGCUGCCGGCGCUGGCCGCCUGCCCCCAGAACUGCCACUGCCACGGCGACCUGCAGCACGUCAUCUGCGACAAGGUGGGGCUGCAGAAGAUCCCCAAGGUGUCAGAGAAGACCAAGCUGCUCAACCUACAGCGCAACAACUUCCCGGUGCUGGCUGCCAAUUCGUUUCGAGCCAUGCCGAACCUCGUGUCGUUGCACCUGCAGCACUGCCAGAUCCGCGAGGUGGCCGCCGGUGCCUUCCGCGGCCUCAAGCAGCUUAUCUACCUGUACCUGUCCCAUAGCGACAUCCGCGUGCUGCGCGGAGGCGCCUUCGACGACCUGACCAAGCUGACCUACCUCUACCUGGACCACAACAAGGUCACUGAGCUGCCCUGGGGGUUGCUGUCCCCGCUGGUCAACCUCUCCAUCUUGCAGCUCAACAACGACAAGAUCCGUGAGCUGCGCGCAGGUGCCUUCCAGGGAGCCAAGGACCUGCGCUGGCUGUAUCUGUCGGAAAACGCGCUGAGCUCCCUGCAGCCCGGCGUCCUGGACGACGUGGAGAACCUCGCCAAAUUCCACGUGGACAGGAACCAGCUGUCCAGCUACCCCUCGGCUGCCCUGAGCAAGCUACGGAUGGUGGAGGAGCUGAAGCUGUCCCACAACCCCCUGAAAAGCAUCCCGGACAAUGCCUUCCAGUCCUUUGGCAGAUACCUGGAGACCCUCUGGCUGGACAACACCAACCUGGAGAAGGUUGAGACUGAGCUAAAGUUAAUCUGUGGUGACGUUCUGGAUGCAUUGGACAAACAUCUAAUUCCAGCAGCUACCACUGGCAAAAGAUCUUUAAGGAGAGGGCCUUGCCAGACAUCGAGAACUACAUGUUUGAGACUCAUGAUCAACUGCGGCAGGCGGCCACCGAGUGCAUGUGCAACAUGGUUCUCCACAAGGAGGCUGGGCAGAUUGGGGACUCGCGCCGCUACUGCUGCCGCCCCCGGGGCGCGAAUCCGCCGCCCGCCGCCCGGGCACCCGGCGAGGGGCGGGGGCAGCUCCGAACCGGCCCCGGAUCCUUCCCGCUCUCGCCUCACGCUUCCCAGAAAGCUUGUCCCUCUCCGCCGAGCUGCUCCGGGAGCCCCGCCGCGCCGAGGGUAUCUCCCAGAGCCCCAGCUGGUGUGGCCAGGCCCCAGGAGUAGGAUGGGGCUCCCCCUACGAGGGCCGGUGGCAGCCAGAACUGAUACAUCCCACCUGGUCUGGGGCCAGGACGCCAGGGCAGGAGUGUCUGGAGCCAUGGCUGGUGCCUCGGUGAAAGUGGCAGUGAGAGAUCGGCCCUUGAACGCCCGCGAGACCAGCCAGGAUGCCAAGUGUGUGGUCAGCAUGCAGGGCAACACCACCUCCAUCAUCAACCCUGAACAGAGCAAGGAUUCCCCCAAAAGCUUCACCCUUGACUACUCCUACUGGUCACACACUUCGGCAGAGGACCCCCAGUUUGCAUCUCAGCAGCAAGUGUGUCGGGACAUUGGAGAAGAGAUGCUGCUCCACGCCUCUGAAGGCUACGAAGUGUGCGACUUUGCCUAAUGGCAGACCGGGGCUGGGAAAUCCUAUACCAUGAUGGGGCGGCAGGAGCCAGGGCAGCAGGGCAUCGUGCCCCAGCUCUGUGAGGACCUCUUCCCUCGCGUUAGUGAGAACCAGAGUGCUCAGCUAUCCUACUCUGUGGCGGUGAGCUAUAUGGAGAUCUGUUGUGAGCGGGUACGAGACCUCUUGAACAUCAUGAGUCGGGGUUCUCUGCAGGUCUGGGAGCACCCCAUCCUGGGCCCCUACGUGCAGGACGUGUCCAGAUUGGCUGUGACCUCCUACGCAGACAUUGCUGACCUCAUGGACUGUGGAAAUAAAGCACGGACUGUGGCUGCCACCAACAUGAAUGAGACCAGCAGCCGUUCCCAUGCCGUCUUUACCACCGUCUUCACACAGCACUGCCAUGACCAGCCCAUGGGGCUAGACUCGGAGAAGGUCAGUCAGAUCAGUUUGGUGGACCUUGCUGGGAGUGAGCGAGCCGACUCCUCGGGCCGGGGCAUGCGCCUGAAGGAGGGAGCCAACAUCAAUAAGUCCCUGACUACACUAGGGAAGGUGAUCUCGGCCCUUGCAGAUAUGCAAUCAAAGAAGCGGAAGUCGGAUUUUAUCCCCUACAGGGACUCUGUGCUCACCUGGCUGCUCAAGGAAAAUUUGGGUGGGUGGAAACUCACAGCAAUGAUGGCAGCCCUGAGCCCUGCUGACAUCGAUUACGAGGAGACUCUCAGCAUCCUCAGGUAUGCUGACUGCACCAAGCAGAUCCGCUGCAAUGCCAUCAUCAACGAGGACCCUAAUGCCCGGCUGAUUAGAGAGCUGCAGGAGGAAGUAGCCCGGCUGCGGGAACUGCUGAUGGCUCAGGGACUGUCAGCCUCUGCUCUGGAAAGUCGAGGCCUGAAGACGGAAGAAGGGAGUGUCAGAGGCGCCCUGCCAGCUGUGUCAUCUCCCCUGGCUCCAGUUUCACCCUCAUCACCCACCACACAUCAUGGGGAGCUGGAGCCGUCAUUCUCCCCCAACACGGAGCCCCAGAUUGGGCCUGAGGAAGCCAUGGAGAGGCUGCAGGAGACAGAGAAGAUUAUAGCUGAGCUGAACGAGAUGUGGGAGGAGAAGCUACGCAAGACAGAAGCCCUGAGAAUGGAGAGAGAAGCAUUGCUGGCUGAGAUGGGGGUGGCCGUCCGGGAGGAUGGGGGAACUGUGGGCGUCUUCUCUCCAAAGAAGACUCCCCACCUGGUGAACCUGAACGAAGACCCUCUGAUGUCUGAGUGUCUGCUCUACCACAUCAAAGAUGGCGUCACCAGGUACCUUUUGAGAGCUGACAUUAGGAUAGAAGCAUAGAGGCUGUGGCACUAGAAACAUUCUGGUGAGAAUCGUGGCUGCUUGUUGCACACGUAACCUAG